AUGACGGAGUAUCAUCCAUUUGAAGAUAUAACAAGAAAGUGCAACUUGAUUGAUGAAUAUUUCUUUGUGCUGGUUCAGGAGUUGGAGCAGCACCAGUUACUUCCUAAAAGGUUGGAUUGGGAAGGAAAUGAGCAUUGUAGAAGUUAUGAAGAUUUGGUCUUAUCCAACAAACAUGUGGCUCCAGAUCAUUUGUUGCAAAUUUGCAAGCGUAUUGGCCCCAUACUGGAUAAAGAGAUUCCACCCAGCAUUUCGAGAGUGAAUUCCUUACUUGGUGCAGGAAGGCAGUCACUGUUACGUACAGCAAAAGAUUGCAGGAAUACUGUUUGGAAGGGCUCCACUUUAGCUGCUCUUCGUAGAGGAAGACCUCCUGAAAUUCCUGUAAACUAUGGCACUCUACCAAACCUUGUGGAAGUAUAUCGUGCAAAACAAUUAACUGGAUAUGCAACAUAUAAUACAUCAUUUCCAGGAAGUAUGUAUCAGCACAUAAGGAUGCAUAGGCGGAUUCUUGGCCAUCUCUCUGCAGUCUACUGUGUUGCAUUUGAUAGGACUGGACAUAGAAUAUUUACUGGGUCAGAUGAUUGCUUGGUGAAAAUUUGGUCUACACACAAUGGCCGGUUGCUUGCCACUUUACGAGGUCAUUCAGCUGAGAUUUCUGAUAUGGCUGUGAAUUAUGAAAACACUAUGAUUGCAGCUGGAAGUUGUGAUAAAAUGAUCAGAGUAUGGUGUCUGAGGACUUGUGCACCAGUUGCUGUGCUCCAGGGACACACAGGAUCCAUUACAUCUUUACAGUUUAGUCCAAUUGUCAAAGGCUCCAUGCGAUACAUGGUUUCUACUGGUGCAGAUGGAACAGUUUGCUUUUGGCAAUGGGAUGUAGAUUCCAUGAAAUUCAGUAAUCGACCAGUGAAGUUCACAGAGAAACCCAGACCUGGAGUUCAGAUGCUUUGUUCUUCUUUUAGUGUUGGUGGUACGUUUCUAGCAACGGGCAGUACAGAUCAUGUUAUCAGGAUGUAUUUUUUUGGCUCCGAAACACCUGAAAAAAUAGCCGAACUGGAAAGCCAUGCUGACAAAGUUGACAGCAUUCAAUUUUCAAACAGUGGUGACAGGUUCAUAAGUGGCAGCAGAGAUGGAACAGCUCAUAUCUGGCGUUUCCAGCAAACAGAAUGGAGGAGCAUCUUGUUGGAUAUGGCUGAUAGAUUACCGGGUGACUCUUGUUCAGAAGAAGACAAAUUUAUGAAGCCCAAAGUAACAAUGAUAGCUUGGAAUCAAAAUGAUAAUUUUGUUGUUACUGCUGUGAAUAAUCAUCUACUAAAAGUUUGGAACUCUUAUACUGGACAGUUGCUUCAUGAUAUGGUGGGUCAUACAGAUGAAGUAUUUGUGUUGGAAACGCACCCUUUUGAUUCAAGAAUUAUGUUAUCUGCAGGCCAUGAUGGAAAUAUCUUUAUAUGGGAUGUUACAAAAGGCAUCAAAACUAAGCAUUAUUUUAACAUGAUUGAAGGGCAAGGACAUGGUGCUGUUUUUGAUUGCAAGUUUUCAUCAGAUGGACAACAUUUUGCCUGCACAGAUUCUCAUGGGCAUCUGUUGAUAUUUGGUUUUGGGUGUAGCAAGCUGUAUGAAAAGAUUCCUGAUCAGAUGUUCUUCCACACUGACUAUCGACCAUUGAUUAGAGACUCUAACAAUUAUGUCCUAGAUGAGCAAACUCAACAGGCACCUCAUCUCAUGCCACCUCCAUUCUUAGUAGAUGUGGAUGGAAACCCUCAUCCAACAAAAUACCAGAGAUUAGUACCAGGAAGAGAGAACUGUGCAGAUGAACAUUUGAUUCCUCAACUGGGAUAUAUAGCAACAAGUGAUGGGGAGGUUGUUGAACAAGUGAUAGGUCAGCAAACUGUUGACCAGGAUGAACAAAGUCUGGAACCCAGCAUUCUUGAUGGCAUAAUAAGACAGUUACAGCAACAGCAAGACCAAAGAACUGGAUCAGAUCAAGAAGUUGCCCCAAAUGGACUACAAAAUGGAGAAGGAACACCCAGAAGAGGUUUUAGAAGGCCAAGUUUAGAUAUCCAGUCUCCCCCCAAUAUUGGUCUACGUCGCAGUGGGCAAGUGGAAGGUGUACGUCAAAUGCAUCAGAAUGCUCCCCGAAGUCAAAUUGCCACGGAGCGGGACCUUCAAGCUUGGAAACGAAGAGUGGUUGUACCAGAAAUACCACUGUAUUUAUUCAGAAAACAGAAGGAGUACCGGAUUUUCAGCAGUGCCACACCAGGGGGCUCCACUUUUGGCCCAACAGAUACUGCUAAGGGAAAAGCCUCAGACGAUGCAAGCACACGGUGUGCAUACACCUACAUGGAAUGGACAGGAGCAACACAUCUUGAACAAGUUACGAAGAGUGAUUCUGAAGCUUCGCUGAUACAAUCAAAGCGUAGACUACAUAGGCGUAAAUAUGCAAGUUAUCGAACGUGGAAUAACACAGAACAACUUAAUUCAUCUGAUGAGGAAAGGGAUGACUGUUUUGGCUUCAUAAACCGGGAAGCUGAAGAAAGUGAAGGCUUAAGUUCUACUGAUGAGGAGGAAGAAUGGAAAAGUGACAAGAAGAGCAAUAACAACAGUUCUAGUGACUCUUCAAGUAGAUAUUCUGACUGGAUAGCUGAUGCAGGGAUAAAUCUCCAGCCUCCUGUACGAACAUCUCGACGCAAAGCUAUCCGAUAUUGUAGCACUUCAGAAGAUGAAAUAUCAGCAGAGAAAUCUUCUCCUCCAAAGAGGAGGAGGAGGAGAAGGAAAAAACCCAAACCAAAAAAGCAGGAAGAGACUGUGCAGACUAGUACUCCCACACAGUCAGUAAACCAAGACGUGUUAUAUGACUACCAUCCUCCUGUUUGGAUAACUGACACAGCACUUCGAAAAUCUCCUUUUGUUCCUCAAAUGGGUGAUGAGGUAAUAUAUUUUCGACAAGGUCAUGAAGCUUAUAUUGAAGCAGUCCGAAAAAAUAAUAUUUAUGAACUAAACCCCCACAAGGAGCCAUGGAGAAAAAUGGUCCUUAGGGAUCAAGAAUUGGUAAAAAUUGUUGGGAUACGAUACGAAGUCGGUCCUCCUACGUUGUGUUGCCUGAAGCUUGCCUUCAUAGACCAUGCCACUGGAAAAAUUUCAGACAAAUCAUUUUCUCUGAAAUACCAUGAUAUGCCAGAUGUCAUUGACUUUCUUGUAUUGCGUCAGUUUUAUGAUGAAGCACGACAAAGGAAUUGGCAGUCUUCUGAUAGAUUCCGAUCCAUUAUUGAUGAUGCUUGGUGGUUUGGAACAGUUUUGGGUCAAGAGCCAUAUCAGCCACAGUAUCCAGAUAGUCACUUUCAGUGUUACAGUGUUAAAUGGGAUAAUGGUGAAAUUGAAAAACUCAGUCCAUGGGACAUGGAACCAAUUUCUGAUAAUGUUGAUCAACCUGAGGAAUUAGGAGCUAGUGUUUCUGUAACUUAUGAAGAAAUGGAGAAGCUACUAUACAAACCCCAAGAGGGAGAAUGGGGGAAAACAUCUCGAGAUGAAGUGUGUGAACGAAUUAUCGGUGGCAUUGAUCAGCUGCUGAAUCUCGACAUUUCAGCAGCUUUUGCUGGUCCAGUUGAUCUGAGUACAUAUCCAAAGUACUGUACAGUGAUAGCUUAUCCAACGGAUCUUUGCACUAUUCGGAUGAGACUAAUCAACCGGUUUUACAGGAGGAUCUCUGCAUUGGUGUGGGAAGUGAGAUGUAUUGAAAGUAAUGCCAGCACUUUCAACGAACCUGGGAGUGCUAUUGCUCAAUCAGCUAAGAAGAUCACUAAACAGCUCUUGAAGUUCAUUGAUGAUCCAGAUUGUACAAAUAUAUUUGAGCUUACUAAUAUAACAGAAGAUGAGCAGGACUCUCCUGAUGCUGAUGACCUGGAUAAUAAAUGUCUUCCAAGAACUUCUUACAGAAGAGUAAAAGGACGGGUUAUAAAGAGACGAAACAAUGUGAAAAUUAACUAUGAUGAAAAUACCUGGAAGAAGCAAUGUAUGGAACUGGUGAAUUUAAUUUUCCAAUGUGAAGAUUCUGAGCCUUUCAGACAACCGGUUGAUUUGGAUCAAUAUCCUGACUACAGGCAUAUUAUAGACACUCCAAUGGACUUUGGUACAGUGAAGGAAACGCUGGAAGCUGGGAAUUAUGACACUCCGAUAGAACUGUGCAAAGAUAUAAGACUAAUAUUUAGCAAUGCAAAAUCUUACACUCCAAAUAAAAGAUCAAAGAUUUAUAGUAUGACCUUGAGGUUAUCAGCACUAUUUGAGGAAAAAAUGAGAAGAAUCGUUUCUGAUUUUAAAACUGGCCAAAAAUACAAUGAAAGACUACGAAGAAGUCAGCGAUGUAAUAGGAAGUUGCAAAGUCCUACCAUGGCACAGCAUCCUAACAAAAUGCUCAGAAAUGUGAAACAUAAACCUUUAAAAUCGCCGGCAAAAAUUGAAUCUGAACAGGAAGAUUCUUCUACUCAGCCUACCUCUAGCAGUGCAGCAUGUGUGAUAAGCCAUAAAAUAAAUACUAGCACCUAUGUCCACAGUUCUUCUGGUGAAUCUUCUAAUUCUGCUUGCAUAUCAUCACGUGAAAAGAAUGAAAAAGCAACAACUACGUUAACAAAUUAUUCUGUGUUGUCAUCAGAAAGUGAAACAGAAGGUUCUUUGGCUGCUUCCUCUUCUUCCUCAUCAGCAUCUUCCUCUUCUUCGUCAAGUAGCUCAGAGGAAAGUAAAGAAAGCUCUAUGGCUCUUAAAUCCCCAGUAUUACACAAUGGCUUAUCCAGAGCAAACAGCAGCUUUAGGGUAACCAGAAAUAGAGCAGCUCAAAGAAAGCAAAUGGGAUGUGUUUCUCAGGAGCAUGGAAAUAUCAGAAAAACAGCCAGGAAGAGGGUGUAUAGAAGUGACUCUGAAAAUACUUCAGCAUUGUCUUGUGAAUCAUUGAAUAACAAAACUGGUAGACAUAGAAAAAUUCCACGCAGAAGUGCUACUGUGGCUGCUAAUAAAUUGAGGCUCAUGAGUGAUGUGGAAGAAGAGAUCUCCAGUUCAGAAAGUGUUGGCAUUGGAUUCAAAAACAGAAAACUGCCCCACCGCAAUGCAUCAGCUGCAGCCAGGAAAUUGUUGUUGGACGGCUCUGAUGAUGAGACAGUUUUAAAGUCUGAAAGUGAAAAAGAACAGUAUGCGAGGAGGAAAAAGUUUUCUCAAUCUGGUUCAUUUGCUACUAGAAGAAAAUAUAUUAGUGAAUCUGAAGAUGGGAGUUCUGAUUCUGAAACUGUUACAACAGUGGCACAAAAAAAUAGGCAAAACAAUAGCAAAAAAACACCACACAAGGUAGUCUGUGCUAAACCCCUUAAAAUUAAAAAUACCACAGUAGAAUUUUCAGAGGAGGACUCCAAAAACUAUGAAUCAGACAAUGGCAGCAGUCACAAAGCAUCCAACCAGUCAAUUUCUAUAUGCAAGCAGCAUUCAAUGAGCAAUUCUGAGGAUGAGGAAGAUUCUGAGUCAGGCACAUGGAAUGGUAGAAAAAUCAAGAAGGUGACCAGUCAAAAACCUACAACUCGUUUAAAAAAAGCAAAAGUCUUGAGUGACUUAGAAGACACAGCAGAGUCCGAAACAGAAAUGAAGGAGACUGGAAACAGUUCUUUGUCAGAGGGCAUGGUACCUUCUGAGAUUGCAGGGAGUUCAAAAUCUGGACCCGAUGCUAGUUUUCAUUACUCUUCUAAUUUAGCAUAUGAAACGGAUGCCAAUAAUAGUAACUAUAAUAAUGCUGUAAACACAAAAAGGAGGAAAAGGAAAGUUACUAAAAAAGGAUCUUUCUCUCAAGAGAAUGGACAGAGCAGAAGAGCUACUCGGAAAAGAUUGUAUGGGAGUGACUCUGAAUAUUCAAAGGGGGCUUACAAAAUAGCGAAUGACAAAGAUGAUAAUCGCAGAAGAAUUCCACGCAGAAGUGCUGCUGUGGCUGCCAAUAAAUUAAGACUAAUGAGUGAUGUGGAGGAAGAGAUCUCCAGUUCAGAAAGUGUUGGCAUUGGAAGCAAAAACAGAAAGCUGCCCCACCGUAGUGCGUCUGCUGCAGCCAGGAAAUUGUUAUUGGAUGGCUUUGACGAUGACACGGGUUUAAAGUCUGAAAGUGAAAAAGAACUAAAAGAACAGUAUAUUAAGCAGAACAUGCUUUCACAAGCUGGUGGUUCUUCUAGAAGAAAAUAUAUUAGUGAAUCCGAAGAUAAAAGUUCAGAUUCUGAAAUAGGUGCAAAAAUGGCACCAAAAGGUAGACAAAGUAAUGGUCAUAAACGACCACACAGGACAGUCUGUGCUGCAUCUCCUAAAAUUAAAAAUCCCACAGUAGAAGUCUCAGAGGACACCAAAAGCCAUAAGUCACGGGACAGGAGCAGUCAAAAGGUGUCUGACCAGUCAACUUCCAUGCACACACUGUUGUCCGUGAACAGCUCUGAGGAUGAGGCAGAUUCUUUGUCAUGCAAGUUGAGUGGUAGAAGAAUUAAGAAGAUGACCAGUCAGAAAUCCACAACUCUUUUCAAAAAAGCAAAAGCCUUGAGUGAUUUGAAGAACACAGCUGAGUCUGAAGCAGAAUUGAGGGAGGAUGAACGACCGCCUGUGUCAGAGAACAUGGGACCUUCUAGAACUGCAGGGAGUUCAAAAUCUGGACCUGAUGCCAGUUUCAAUUGCUCUUCUAAUUUAGAAUUUGACACUGAUUCCAAUAGCAGUAACUAUAGCAAUGCCACAAACACAAAAAAGAGGAAAAGAAAAGGAAAAACAAAAAUCAUUAGAAAAGAAUCAACCUCUGAGGAGAUUGGACAAAAUACAAAAGUGCUCAGGAGCAGGACCUAUAUGAAUGACUACAAAAAAUAUACAAAGUUGGCUAGUGACACAUUAAAUGCCAAAACUUUUACUGGGAAAAAAACUCCACGCAGAAGUGCUACUUUGGCUGCUAAUAAAAUUAAGAUGAGUGCUAUAAAGGAAGAGCUCUCCAGCUCAGAAAGUACAAGCAUUGAAAAAAGGAACAGAGAACUGCCUCACUUGACUGUUUCUGCUGCAUCCAAGAAAAGGCUAAUGGAUAGCUGUACAGUAGAAGCUAUUUUCAGGUCUGAAAGUAAAAAAGUAAAAGAGCAACAUACUAACAGGAAAACACUUUCUGAGUCUCAUUCAGCUGCUGCUAGAAGAAAAUAUAUUAGUGAAUCUGAAAGGAGAAAAUGUGAUUCUAAGAGAGAGACAAAGAUAACACAAAAGAACAGGCAUAAUAAUAAUCAUAAACAGCCACACAGAACUGUCCAUACUGCAUCUCUUAAAAUGAAAAGUUCCACAGUAGAACCUCCAGAGGAAGACUCCAAAAGCUGUAAGUCAAAGGAUAGGCGCAGUCAGAAAGCUACUCAUCAGUCUACUGCACGCAAACAUCAUGAAGCGAGCAACUCUGAGGAUGAGGCAGGUUCUGAGUCAGGCAAGUGCAAAGGUAAAAAAAACAGCAAGGUGACCAGUCCAAAGGCUGGGAGGUCUUUCAGAAAAGCAAAAUUCUUGAGAGCUGUAAAGGACACAAAGUCUGAAACAGGAGAGCAGGAAGACGGAAGAAGUUCUUUGUGUCAGACUGAUCCUUCUGGAACCUCAGUGAUUGAAAAAUGUGAAUCUGAUGCCAGUUCAAAUUGCUCUUCCAAUUUAGAAUCUGAAACUGAUUCAAGUAACAGU